AUGUCUGCACCGAUUCAUAACCGUGACCCUACUCCUACUUCUUCAAAAGUAGUGGUAAACAAAGGUGUGUACACAACAAACCACUCCAAAAGUGACGAAGUGUCUACCAAUGAGGAGUUUUAUGAUCAAAUUCCGAAUUCUGCCAUGUCGUUGUCAUCGCUGAAUCCAAGUGAGGUGGUUGUAGGUAAACAGGUGACGCCCCCUAUUAUCGCCGACGAGGCGGCGACAUUUGACUCAGUACCGAACCACAACAACCUAGUUAGGACAAUUAGCAAAGGAAAGCAUCUACAUUCAAAAUCCAAUUUGCGGUCGUCCCUUGAUCCCCUUUCUACUUGGUCCCUUCCCCUUCUUCAGAAUGGUGUGCCCGCAAUCUCGACGAAUGACCCCAUUCGGUAUGACAAGCGCCUCAAGGAAGCGUCUGGGCUGUUGCUGUCGGAGGGCCCCCCCCGGCCCGGCGAUCCGCUGCCGAACCUGCUCAACCACUCCGGGGUUGUGUCCCAGACGCGACUCCCGACAUCCGCCCCGGCACCUCCGCACGCCUCGGAGACGCGCGACUUCGCGUCUUCGAACUCCUCAAAGUGCGUCGGCUCGCGCCUGACACAGCCCACUCUUAGCGACUAUAGGCCCACGCCCAGUGGCCGCCCCGUGUCAGGGGUGGGUAUGGCGACGAGCGGGAUGAGCCUCAGUCCCCUCCCACUGCUGUCGUUGGCGGGACCUAGCGGGAAGGGGAGUGGGCGAGCGGCCCCCCCGGCCCACCCCAAUGCCCCCCCGCGGCGUGAUGCGGGGGCUUGCGCGGGGAGGGGCAAACGCGCUGCCAACGAGACUCCUUCCAUGUCGUCAACCCCUCCCCAGUUGGAGACGCACUCGGGGGAUCACAAUAGCAAGCAAGGGGUGAAGAAUGAUAUUAAAGAGUUCUUUCACGAGUCUUGUGUGCCACAGCUUUUCGAAAAAUUAAGCACAGACCUCCUCCAGAAUCGACCCCAUAACGCUGUAGCAUAUAUCCUAAGUUGGUUAAAGGAACAACGAUCGAAGUUAGCACAGGAUAAGGACGAGAGCCACCCACCCCCAAACUAA